AUGAUCAAAGAUUCAAGUAAGUUGGAAGGUGAUUCAGAGUCAUCAUUAUUAGGUUUGACAAUUUCAAAAGUACCAUUGAUUUCAGGAGAUUCUAUGAUCUCAGAAAUUUCAGAUACUGAGGCUAUUGUGGGUUUGACAACCUUGAAAGAAGAUUUAGAUACUGAACAUUUGGCUUUACUUAUUAUGCGGGGGUUCUCUAGCAAAAGGUAG